CCUAGCCUGACAGGGUUUUCUCUGUGUUUUAUUCUACAAGCUAGCAAAGAGAGGAGGUGAUCCAUUGGAGCGCUCCAACCUGUUGAGGGAUUGGGAGUUCUUGAAGGCCCCCCAGGGCUCUGACAAAGCAUCUGCAAUUAAUGAUGCUUCUUGAGCUCUGGAGACAGGAUUUAUGCAUCUAAUAAAGUCUAUAACUCCAGGCUUAGGGGCUGGGACCGGAGGCUGAGAGCACGAAGUCCCACAGGGGCCGGGGAGGGGGGUCCCAGGCGGCUCUUAAUGGAGCUGUGCAUUUCCAUUGCCUUCUCUAGAUUCCGCCUCAGGCGGCUGUGGGAGGUGAGGAACAGGGGGACAGCAGGUAUAAGAGGCGGGUGUGGCCACAGCAAGGCAGGUGGCAGCAUGGAUGCCAGGCAGGCAGCAGCGCUGCUGCUGGUGUUGCUGUUAGUCACAGACUGGAGCCACGCUGAAGGACCAGGGGGCCGGGAUGGAGGAGACCAGAUCUUCAUGGAGGAAGAUAGUGGCGCCCACCCACCACAGGAUGCCCAGACCCCCAGGUCACUCCUGCGCUCCCUGCUCCAGGCCAUGCAGAGAACUGGCCGGAGUCCAGCCUUCCUGUUUCAGCCCCAGAGGUUUGGCAGAAACACCCGGGGCUCCUGGAGCAACAAAAGACUGACUCCUCGAGCUGGAGAGGGGCCGAGUUCCCCCUUUUGGAGCCUGGCUGCCCCUCAGCGCUUUGGGAAGAAGUGACGCGUCAUCCUCUGAGGUGUGCAUGCGAGGCCCACACCCCAAAGUGCCAUGUGUCCCCCGCAAAUAAAGCUGUCUGGCUUCUG